CUCUGAGUUUCAGCACCAUGGAGAGUACUCGCCUCUGCCUCCUCACUCUGCUGAGCGCUGCUCUGCUCGUCAACUCCAAUUGCCAGGACUCAGAGCUGCAAGCCAGAUCGAUAGACCGUUACUCAGUCAAAGAAGACUCCUCUCAAGAAAAGGAACUGAUUGAAGCUUUGCAGGAAGUUCUGGAGAAACUGAAAAGCAAGAGGAUGCCAACCUACGAGAAAAAGUUUGGAAUGGUCCCAAUGUGUGAUGCUGGGGAACAAUGUGCUGUAAGGAAAGGAGCCAGAAUUGGAAGACUCUGUGACUGCCCCAGAGGAACCUUCUGCAAUUCAUUCCUCUUGAAAUGUUUGUAGAGAACAAUGUCCAAAUCCGAGUACUCAUAAUAAAUAUUGUUUUAAACGCGUUUAAAAACUUGAAAAGUCAAUUUGGCCAUUCAAACAUAUUCUAUUUACAUAAAAAAGGGACGGUGAAAAUGCAUGGACUUGCAAUUCUACAGUCUUGUCUCUGUGGGAGGUAGUAAAGUAUGUUUCCGGCAUUGCUGUGAUACUGUUGUGGACAGUUGCGUCUUUUUUCUUAUGGUGAAAAUGUUUCUGCCUGUAUGAGUUAAUGAGUUACAGA